GACUCCCAAACACCACUGAGUAUUUGCCAUUCGGUAAUCGGAUCAUAAACACCAAAUUUCACGCAUAGGAAAAUGCCCAACAGGAACAGCGACGACGACAAAGGCUUACUAUGGAAGCUGCCGGUGGCCUAUUCUAACAAACUUGGUAAGCUGGGCCCUGCGUUUGGUCUUGGCGCCGGUUGUGGUGUUGGUUUCGGUGUUGGACUGAUCGGAGGUGCUGGUUUGGGUCCUGGAAUCCCCGGUUUACAGCUUGGUUUUGGAUUUGGUGUUGGAUGUGGAGUUGGUCUUGGAUUUGGUUAUGGAGCAGGGAGAGGCAUUGCGUAUGAUGAGAAUAGGAAACACUCAAAUGUAGGGAGGUUAUUCAAUGGACCGGGCAGUAUGCCUACUCAGGAUGAAAUUGGUUAUCUCAUUGAGGAGGUUGUGGUGAACACCAAGAAGCUGAUCAAAGCAACUCACAAAGAGGUGGAAAAGUGGAGACGAUAUUAGCAGCAGAUUUGUCAUGUUAUUUAUAUGAUUCCUGGAUGUUUGAUAUGUACAUAAGAAGAUGUUUCUAUGUUUUGCAACUUUAAGUCCUUGAUUUUUUAAUAUGAUAAAACAGUAUGUGAA